AUAGUUUAUUUACUUGGGGCUCUAGGCCAAACUCACCUCAUCAACAACAUCCACAAUGAGACACUUCUGUCCUGCUCUUCUCGUCUUCACCACAAUCACCAUGUUCUUUCUUACACACGCAACAUUCAUUCGUUGCAGACCACUUCCAUCAUCAGUGAAGAAUGAGGAGAUCAUCAGCCACGAAAUCGUUGGUCAGGUUGAGUUGGACAGAACAUCUUCAUCUUUAGGCUCGGCGGAGGAUAAUCCCAGUAGGGUUUUGUCUGAGACAGAUGACGACAGAGUUUUUACAUUGACAGCAGGGCCUAGCAGGAAAGGCGCCGGCCAUAAAUAAUCUUUUCUCCGUUUUGUUGGUUUAUCAGGGUGUGUUACAGAUGUAAGUUUCUGUAUUUAGCCAAAAAGAAACAUGUAGAUCAGGAUAAGUUCUUGGUGUAUAGAAAAUUUGUUGAUUGUCUCUCAUCAAGUUAUAUAGCUCUGGAUGUAAUCAUUUGCAAAUGCUUCAAACAAUUUUCCCAUGGUAGAAAAAAUCAAUUCACAAAAAAUAU